AUGUCUGCAACAUCCGAAAUCAGGAACGUCAUCCUCGUUGGUGCGACUGGCAACGUUGGUUCUUUACUUAUCGCUCCAUUAGCCGCCAACUUCAACCUUACCAUCCUCAGCCGCUCCUCCAGCACCAGCAAGCCCACUAACGCCAACAACGUCAAGACUCUCCGCGCCGACUACACCCUCGAAGGCCUGACAAAGGCUUUCACCGGCCAAGAUGCGGUCGUGUCCACCGUCGGUGCCGUUGCCUUCGGCGAGCAAAAGGUCAUGAUCGACGCAGCGGUCGCCGCUGGAGUCAAGCGUUUUCUGCCGAGCGAGAUGAGCAUGAACGGAGAUGCAAAGGCUGUGAGGGAUCUGGUUCCGGUCUUCAAGACCAAGCAUGAGGUUUUAGAAUACCUGAAAAGCAAGGAGGCGAAGGGUCUGACUUGGACCGGGCUUGGGACGGGACCGCUUUUCGACUGGGGACUCAAAGCCGGCUUCCUCGACUUCGAUAUUUCCAAGCGCCACGUCACCCUAUGGGACAAAGGUGACACAAGAUACUCGGCGAUCACAGUGGCAGACCUCGGCAACGCAGUCGUCGGCGUUCUCCAGCACCCGUCAGAGACCGCCAACAGAUACGUGUUCGCGCAUUCGGUAACGGCCUCGCAGCGCGAAGUCCUGAACGUCCUGGAAGGACAGACCCGGCAGAAGUGGAAUGUGGAACCUGUGACAACCGAGGAUGAGGUCGCCAAAGCUCAGAAAGCACUUGCGACGGGCGAUUAUGCCGCCGCGGUCAGGUUAGCACAGGCGACCGCUUUCAGCAACUUGCCGAACAUGCAGCAGGACUUUGACGCGGACGAGAAGGACAGGGUUGUGAAUGACUUGUUGGGCAUCGAAAUGAAGAGCGUAGCAGCGGUCGUGGAGGAAGUUCUGACAUCAGAGAGACAGCAUGAUGCGUGA